AUGGCGAAGAACAUGUUGCCACCUCUGCCAGGAUCCAACUAUAGUAUGCUAUUGAGUCACGUGCCGUUCAACAAAUCAGCUAUCGAUGACGUCAUUCCUAAUGCCAGGCACGUGACAAUAAUACGUCAUCCUGUAUCUGCAUACGAGUCAGUGUUUGGUUUUUUCAAAAUCUCUAAUCACGCUAAAAUUAAACACAACACCACUCAAAAUCCAUUUAAAACGUUUCUCGCAAACACGAGUAUGUAUUUUAAUCGUAUUCAUGAUCCUUAUCACAAAACGUUGCUAAGUAAUAGACAAAUAUUCGAUCUUGGACUUGAACUUGAAGACUACGCCAACGAAACGAUGGUAGACCACGUUAUACAGAGGAUAUCUAAAGAGUUGGAUUUGGUAAUGAUUCUUGAGUACUUUGACGAAUCACUUCUUCUGUUGAAAAAGCUUCUGUGUUGGGAAUUUGAAGACAUCGUCUACACACAGAGGAACAAGAGAAGCGAUACCCUACGUUACGACAUCGGUGACUUGGAGCGACAAACAAUAUUGAAGUUGAAUUCGGCUGAUUUUAAACUUUAUCAACACUUCAAUAUAACAUUGUGGCUUAAAGUUGAUGCCUACGGUCCAAAUUUCAGUAAAGACUUAGCUACUUUUCGAGGCAUGUUAAAUAAAAUGCAUUCCGAGUGCAUAGACGAUGAUAAAUUUGAUGUUAAUUAUGGCGGCCGAAGGAAUGAGACAUUCGUGAAAAUCAAUGCGCCUGAAUAUUGUUCCAGAAUGAACAAAACUAGUUUUGCUUAUCUCGCUAACAGACAACGGCUUAACCAAUCACAUGCAGCCAUCAACCAACUAAGUGAAGCCAUCAACCAAUCACAUGCAACCACUAACUAA